AUGAAGUAUCCUUUCUUAGCUAAUGAAAUAUCCCGUUUGAAAUCAGCCUCGGACGCUGAAAGGGUAAUUAAAAAGUUUGUUUGUGUAAUCCCUAGGUUAAGUGGCUCCAUGAUCGCAUGCUGUAUCAAUAUUUUAAGUAAAAGGAGUGACAUAGUAUCGCAUGAUUACCUCAGAAAGAUAACCAAUAAACUAAUAACUUAUGAUAAGGAUGACAAACGACCAUUUUUACUAAAAUGCUUGGACGUUAGAGAUGUAUGCACAAUUUUGAAUUCCUUUUCCAACCUAAAUUAUAACAAUGAAAGUUUUUUAAACGCAGCUUCGGAUAGAUUAAAUAGUUGUCUAGAUUCAAUUACGGCUAGGGAAUCAAGUAAUGCAAUUUUUUCACUAACAAAGCUCAAUCCAUCAUCAAAAUUAUUUUUAAACAAGCCUAUAAAACAAUUUGUAAACACAAGGGAUCUCACUGAACAAGACACGUCUAUGCUCAUUACAGCAUUAUGUAACAGGAAGAAUAAUAGGAAAAGGGAUGUUAAUUUGUUGAUUAAGGCGGCUGACUCUCAAAAGGAUCAUUUCUCAGAUCAAUCAUUGUCAAACAUUGUAAAUUCUAUCUCCAAGUUGGCGUGUAAUUCAUCGGAUAGGGAUAAAUAUAUAACAUUUUUGAACAGAUUAAUCCCAAUUAUAUCAGCUCGAUUAGAUAAUGGAGGUAUUACUGUACAGGGUAUUUCCAAUAUUGCAAAUGGGUAUGGUAAAUUGGGAAUUAAAAAUGAAGGAUUGUACUAUCGAAUUGGUUGCAAUUUGGUUAAUAGAAUAUUAGAAUUUACUCCUAGAGGUAUAAUUAAUGUUUUAAAUGCUUACGCUAAAAUUGACUAUCCCCACAAAAACAGUUUUGUUGUAUCUGCCAAAUAUCUUAUAGACAAAUUGGACGAUUUUACACCUCAGUGCUAUGGCAACGUAUUAGCCGCAUUUGCAAAAUUCAAUCACAACUUCAAAGAUCAAAAUAUAACAAAAUUUUAUAAAGCUUGUUCGGUCAAAUUAUGUUAUGUUAAUGAUUUCUCCAAUUACAUCCCGCAAAAUUAUUGCAACAUAUUGAAUGGGUUGGCAAAAGUUGGCGUUGUAGAUGAUAAAUUAUUCACCAACUUCUCAAUCCAAUUGGAGAAUUGCGAUUGUAAAUUCGCUGCGACGGAUGUUUCCGUGUUGAUAAAGGCAUAUUCAAAGUCCUCCGUAUUGAGGAAGGGAUUUUUAGCUAAAUUUUGCACCCUGGCCCAACAGAUGUCAAAGGAAAUGUCACCCAUGGAAUUGUCAUCAUCUAUCAAUUCCCUAGACAAAAUAUACAGAGUGGACUUAUCUAGUCCCAAUUCUAACUUUAGUCCAUGUGACAUUGUAGAAAUGAAAAACAAUGUAAAAAAUACAUUGAAAAGUUUGUUAAUGACUGUGAAGAAUAAGGCUGAUGAAAAUGUACAAUUUCGGGCUUUGGAUAUUAAAUUAAUUAGGAAAUGCAUAGAAAGGUUGAAACUUGGAGAUAAUGAAUCUAACAUAUCACAGUCGCAAGUUGACUAG